AUGACUUCCCAGAGCGUUUACUGCGCUUACAACGCCCGUCACACAGGUUGCCUUUACAACAAGGUGAAUGGAGCCACUUGUGGAACUGUCUAUGUCCGAAAAGUCACCGAGGCCGAGAAAACUGCGAUUCUCGACGCGCACAAUGCAAAACGGCGGCGGGUGGCUGAAGGUUCCGAGACCCUCGGAGUUGGAGGCGGCCAACCGAAGGCGGCGAACAUGAGGAAAUUGACUUGGGACGCUGAAGCAGCUUCACUUGCACAAUUAUGGGCUGAUCAAUGCACAUUUUCGCACGACGCCGUUCAUCAUACGGACGUGCAAGGAGGAAGGAUUUACAAUGGGCAAAACUUAUACAUCAGUGGAAGUUUCUCCAGCUCAUCGGCAGCAAGUUGGACAGCAGCUGUUGAUGCGUGGUACAGCGAAGUCGCAGAUUGGAAUCCCUCUAAUGUUAACUCUUACGUAUUCAAUUCUGCGACUGGACACUACACUCAAGUCGUCUGGGCCACAACGACUAAGGUCGGUUGCGGAUACAUUUUGUACCUGCCCCCAGGCGAAACCACCUACAAACAGUUCUACGUUUGCAACUACAGUCCCGGAGGAAAUACUAUU